AUGUCCAGCGUUCAAGUACAGACCUCCGUCCUUCACGGCGCGAAGGACCUCAAGAUUGAACAAAGAGAACUCCCCGCCCUUGCGCCUGGCGAAGUCCAGAUCGCCGUCAAGGCCACAGGGCUUUGCGGCUCCGACCUGCACUACUUCAACCACUUCCGCAACGGCGACAUCCUCGUGCGGGAGCCCCUCACUCUGGGCCACGAGUCCAGCGGCGUCGUUACUGCUGUCGCCUCCGACGUCUCCAACCUCGCCGUAGGCGACCAUGUCGCACUUGAAGUUGGCCAACCAUGUGAGGCCUGCGAGCUUUGCGCCGCGGGACGGUAUAACAUCUGCAAAGGCAUGAAGUUCCGCAGUUCCGCAAAGGCGUUUCCCCACGCCCAGGGAACCCUCCAGGAGCUGGUCAAUCACCCGGCUAAGUGGUGUCAUAAGCUCCCCGAGUCCGUCUCCCUCGAGUUCGGCGCCCUUGCCGAGCCCCUCUCCGUCGCCAUGCAUGCCCGCGACCGCGCGAGGUUACCCGGCGGCUCAACCGUGCUCGUCUUCGGCGCCGGCGCCGUAGGCCUGCUGUGCGCCGCCGUCAGCAAAGCCGACCAGCAGCGCGUCGUCAUCGCCGACAUCCAGGCAGACCGUGUCCAAUUCGCCCUCGACAACGGCUUCGCUGAUGCCGGCGUCGUGGUGCCGGCGCUGCGCCCGCAGACGAUUGAGGACAAGCUGGCCUACGCCAAGGAUGUGGCCGAGUUGGUCAAGCAGGCCAACAUCGGUGGUGAGGAGGUCGGGGAAGUGAAUGCGACGUACGAAUGUACCGGUGUUGAGACCUGCAUGCAGACAGCCAUCUUUGCCACUCGCCCAGGCGGAAAGAUCCUCAUCAUCGGCAUGGGUACGCCGAUCCAGACUCUCCCCAUCUCGGCCGCUGCGCUGCGCGAGGUCGACUUUAUCGGUGUCUUCCGCUACGCAAACACGUACCCGAAAGCCAUCGACCUGAUCGCAACCAAACCCAAGGGUUUGCCGGCGCUCGAGAAACUGUUCACACAUCGCUUCAAGGGGUUGAAGACCAUCCAGGACGCUUUUGAUAUGGCGGGCAAGGUCAAGGACGAAAGCGGGAACUUGGUAUUGAAGGUUCUAGUAGACACGUCCGGUUAG